AUGAAUAUAGAAUGUCAAGUACCAAACUGCAGUGUUGGAAGUUUCUCAAAAGGCGAAUCCUUCAGGAGGAUUUGCCAAAAACACUUUCAGUUACUCUUGGAUAAUCCCUUGGAGCCUAUAGAUGGGAAUCAAACUAACCAGGAUGUCCGCCAAAUAACAUCGGUUGAAGAUAUUCAUUUGGAUGCAGAGUAUCCUUGUAAUGUCCUGAAGAAAGCUCUAAAACUGUGCAUGGAGGAAUUGUCCAAGAAAUCCCAGGAAUUACAAAAUCUCCAGAAAUCUCUUCAAUCUAAUGUGACAGACUAUGAUCAGCAGAACAUUGGGAACUCCCCAGAAGCCAUCACAUGCCCCAUUUGUGCCAAGAAAUUUUAUCACAAGUAUCGUAUGAAUUUCCACAUGAAGACAGUCCAUGGAAGCACCCGGAAGUUCAUGUGCCAACACUGUGGAUCAACAUUCAAGCGUCUCGAUGGGCUCAGAGUUCACGAGAUCAACAAUCAUGCUUCAAGCGUAGAAGCUUCUUUGGCUCUAAAAUCUACCAAAUCUAAGAAAUCCUUCAAAUGCAGCAUUUGCAACAAACAUCUAUCUACCCAAGCUAAUCUUCGAGGACAUCUCAGGAGCUUUCAUACGGGAGAACGUCCACACUUGUGUCGCUCCUGCGGAAAAUCAUAUGCCACUAUAGCUGCCCUAAGGACACACGAGAAAUUCCACAUAAUGUCCUUCUCAUGCAAAAUUUGCGGUAAAAUCUUCCCAGACAAUUCUCGUUUUCGAGAUCACAUGAAUGGGCACAAGGAGGUUUAUUUAAAGUGUUCAGUGUGCCUGAAAAAAUUCUCUCAUAGAAACAGCUUCCGUAUUCAUCAGAAACUUCAUGAAACUAACUCCAUUAAACAGUACAAAUGUGAUUUCUGUGAUUCUGCAUUUUCCCUUACGUCUUACCUCCGGAAGCACAUCCGGAGAUGCAAGAAAAAGCCUAAAGAAAAUGCUGAUUAGGAACCAACCACAAGUUCAGUUACUAAAUGUAAUAAAAGGUAAUUUAGGGUGUUUUUUUUUGGUGCAUUCAACAAUAAAAUAGUUCUUUACUUAAAAA